AUUCUAAAGUAGAUAAAUAGCGCCUCUUCUCCAAGAUACUCUUUGUUCCAUUCUGCACUAUAACAUUGUUGUCAAUUAUUGCCUCCAACACUAAACAUAACCACGGUACCGAGUACGAAUAUGACAGCCAACACCUCAUCCACAGUGAAAUCCAGGCAGGCACUGGAUGCUCAAUAUGGAGGAAAUAAUCGAUCAGGCUGGCUGAAGAAUAUUCCCGACUCCUGGCUACCUUUUGUGCAACUUGCCCGACUCAGCCCACCAGCAGGAGUUUUUCUGCUCUACUUUCCGCACUUAUUCGGGGCUCUUCAUGCUGCCAUUCUCACAAAGUCUCCAGCUUCUGAAGCGCUCCGCACGAGUGUACUCAUGUUUGGGGGCAGCUUUUUUCUGUCCAACGCCGUUCACAUAUGGGACGACCUGAUUGAUGCCCCGCUAGACGCCUUGGUGGAACGUACAUGCAAUCGACCGAUUCCGCGAGGGGCAGUGUCCCCCGCUGCUGCAUUAGUAUUCACCUUUUCUCAGGCGAUAUGCGCUGCGGCGUUUCUUCCCUGUAUCCCGGUUGGGUUUAUACAGAGCGUCCUGUAUGUGGCUCCUGCGAUCGUUGGGUGGACAUACUAUCCCUGGGCCAAGCGACACACCAAUUUCCCACAACUGGUACUCGGGCUUUGCGUCUCUUGGGGGAUAGUCAUAGGGUCCCUAGCAGGUGGGUUUCUGCCUUUGGCCAUCGAUGACGGCCAUCGGGUCACGGUGGCGACCUCCAGUCUCUGUCUGUUUGGCGCCUGUACCCUCUGGUCCGUGAUAUACGACACUAUCUACGCACACCAAGAUUUGACAGACGACAAGAAGUUUGGGAUUAAGAGCAUGGCUGUUCUGUUCGAAGGGAGAACGAAACCUCUGCUUUCGCUGCUUUUGGUGGCCAUGACAGUGCUGUUGAUCGGAUGCGGGUCACACAGCGGGAUGUCCGUCGUGUAUUACACUGUUGCAGUACUUGGAUCGGCGAUUUCGGGACCAUGAUCUGGAACGUUGAUUUGAAAGACAGCCAGAGCUGUUGGUGGUGGUUCGGAAAUGGGUUCUGGCUUGCGGGAGGAUCAAUUGCAGGGGUUUUGGCGCUGGAACUGUUGUGGUAACCAAAGGCAGUGUAUGUACAUACAUAGUUAUUAGGACUGGAGGGUAUAUAUCCCUGUGGCACUACUGUAGAAGACAGGGUUAAGCCUGACUGUCAAAGGGUUGAGGUAAGCACUAGCGUAGUCGACCAGCUAAGCAUGCCUAAAGGCGAUAAUGAUUUUCAGUCCACCUACAACUACCAAUUUGGGCCCUUGUUAUACUACAGCUCCAACAUCCAGAA